CCACUUCCACCCCACCUUUUCGCUUCCUCCGCGCUGAACGACCAUGAACAACUUUGGCGUCAUCGAGGUCGCCGGCGCCAAAAAGACCAACGCGCCCGGAUGGGCAUACGUGCCCGACACGGGGCCGGCGCCCGGGUCGUCGGCGCUGCAGCCGGCCAACCGUAAGCGCGCCGCCAGGAACCAGGCGGCUCUCUCCAGCUCCGACCUGUCGGUCCGUCAGGACGCCAAGAUCCGCAAGGAACUCGACGCCCUUGACCGCGACGGCUCUAGGGAUGCGAGUAUCCCCGUGCCACCCAAGCCGGGUAGAGCCCAGAACAAACACACGCCAAACGUGCGCAAGAUCCUACAGUCGCAAAAGACCUUCGCCAACCACCUCGACGACUACCGGGCCUUGCUCGCCCUUGCCGAGACGAACCCUGCUGCCGCCGCCGCCCUGAACGCAGCACAGCUGAAGCCCGGUGCCGCGUCUGCUCCCACACCACCCGCUACCGCAGCAGCAAAGAACUCGCCCGCGCCCACCCCGCCACCACCAACCCAGGCACCCACAAGCACUGCCAGCAAGCGUUCUGCGGCCGCGGCGAAGCGGGCGGCUGCCGCAGCAGCGCGAGAGGCAAAGGAGGCCGCGGCGCGAGAGGCGGCAGCAGCCGAGGCCGCGGCGGCGGAAGCGGCAAAGGCGGCGGAGGCUGAGCAGCUAGACAUAGCCAAGGACAAGGAUGACGACGUGGAGAUGACGGACGCACCGGGGGAGGCCUCUACAACAGAAACAGCACAGACAACCGACGGCAGUACUACUACCACAUCGGCAGCGCCCGCGCCCGGCGAUGCCGAACCACCGCUGCCACCGCCCCCCCAAACCUACCCGCCAGACGGCACCAUCCUACCCGCCUACCGCCGCGCGCCCCCGGCCGCACACCCAAGCGACGACGACCCGCUGCUGAUGUCGCACGUCCCGUACUUCCCGACGGACGACGAGCUGCGCGCGCUGAUGACGGCGCCGCCCCUGAGCUACCUCGACGCGCGCGCCGCCGUCGACGACGACGACGGCGACGGUUACGACGCCUCCUCGGGCCAGCCGACGUACCCGACCCGCCACUUCUGCGAGGUGUGCGGCUACUGGGGCCGUGUGCGCUGCACCAAGUGCGGCUCGCGCGUGUGCGCGCUGCAGUGUCUCACGGCGCACCGCGAGGAGUGCUUUACGCGGUAUGGUGUUUGAUGUCCUCUUUGUGUAUUUUUUGGAGAUUUAUUUUCUUUUCCGCUCCUAUUCAGGGAGGGGCCGGGGUGCUUCAUAUCCCGAGGGAAAAAAGAUGGACAAAAGAAAAAGGGGUAAGCCUUUUCCGUGGGAGUAGCAUAUUUUUAUUUCCCCUUUUUCUCAUUUUAUUUCUCUUCUAUUUGCGGCCAAAAGCGAGACAGAAUGAUACCCCGUUUUCCAGGCGUUCUAAAGAUGCAAAAGACAAUAUUAAACAUAUGGGCCAAUUUAUGUUCGUUUCUUACGGAACUUGUCUUGGGCUCUAAGUGCCUCCCUCGGUAUCCUGGAUCGUGCCUAGGUAGGCAUAGAAAUGGAAGCCUUUGAUCCAAGCGCUAAAAUUAAAACCCAAGGAGCAUAAGGUCAAAGAGGUUAUUACACACCCGCUUAUACAUGCACCUUGGUACUUAUAUCAAAUGAGGACAGUGCUUAAGAAAUGCAGGUUCUAAUACC